AAAGUUGACAUUGAAUUGUGUCUUUUUCCUGCAGGUUUGCUGAGAUGGUUCACAUGUCUAUUUUCAGGUUUUCAGCACUGGCUCUGCUGCUGCUGUCUGCCUCCUGUUGGGCAGACAAUGAGGCAGAGAUGGACUUGGGGGAGCUUUCAGUCUCUGAAGUUCUGGAAAGAGCCAACAGUAAUCUGAUCCGCUCCACUGGUGAACCCACUCUGAUUGAAGGAGACAUUGCCAUUGACAAUGAGGCUGAGAGAAAUGCUGAUCCCUGCACCAGCCGAGGCUGCACGUGGGGCAAAUGGACUGAUGGAAAGGUCUACAUUCCUUAUUACAUCACUAAUCACUUCUCCUCCCGUGAAAGGUCCAUCAUCACCCGUGGACUGGAAUCUUUCUCCUCCUUCUCCUGCAUCCGCUUCAGGCCCACCAGAAGUACUGACCGUGACUGGCUGAGCAUUGAAUCUCAGAAUGGCUGUUGGUCUUACGUUGGCCGUCGUGGUGGUAAGCAGGUGGUAUCUCUGGCCCGUAGUGGAUGUCUUUACCAUGGCACCGUUCAGCAUGAGCUGCUCCAUGCUCUGGGAUUCAACCAUGAACAAACCCGCUCUGACAGGGACAACCACAUCAGAGUCGUGCUGGGCAAUGUCCAGUCUGGCAUGGAGCACAACUUCAGGAAGAUAGCCACCCUCAACCAGGGCACUUCCUAUGAUUACAACUCUGUCAUGCAGUACCACAAAUAUGCCUUCUCUAAGAACAACCAGCCCACCAUGAUUCCAAUCCCUAACGCCAAUGUGUCCUUCGGCAAUGCUAAAGAGAUGAGCCGCCUCGAUAUUGCAAGGCUCAACACACUCUACAAAUGCUGAAUCCAGUCAGAAGACCUGAUCGACUCUGUAUAUCACUUAUUGAUCAAUCAAUAAAGUAAUUGAAACUAUGA